AUGUCACUAGAGGAUGAUAAGUCAAUCAUUAUCCCGGAAGAUGACGAUUAUUGUGCGAUCAAACGAGGCUCCCAGAGCAUCUUAGGUCGUCUGCUGAACCCGGAGUGCCAGAAUAUGGGAAGGAUGCUUAGGACUAUGCCAAAAAUUUGGAAAGUCUACAACAGAGCCCGUGGUAUGGCUCUCACAAGAGAGCGCUUCCAGUUUGUUUUUGAUUUAGAAACAGACUUACAAAUGGUUUUGGAUCAAGGUUUCUGGACCUUUGAUGAUUGGGGCCUGGCGAUGGAAAGAUGGGUAGAGAACCCUCCUCCUAAUUAUCUUCAGACUGCAGCGAUUUGGAUACGUCUGCAUUAUCUUCCGGCAAAUUACUUGACACUGAAAACGAUUGACACUGUUGCAGAUGGAGUUGUACAUGUCAAAGUGAUUGAAUUUGAUCCAGAUAAGCCUCUUCUGAAUGACUACAUACGGAUGCUAGUGGUUCUAGAUCUCAAUCAAUCCUUACGAGAUAAAAAAUCAUUAACUCUUCCAGGAGGUAGAGUUGAAUACGUUGAGGUCAGAUAUGAAAGAGUCAGGAAGAAGUGUUUUCACUGCAUGAGGCUUUCGCAUGAGAAACCGAGGUGUCCGGUUCUUCAAGGAGAGAGGAAUAAGGGCAAAGGCUUAAUGGGUCACAAGAGUCAACUUCCGGCUCAAGUAACCCGUCAACAUCACACUGACCUUGCAGAGAAGAUCAUGCCGCUGCUCGCUCCAUCCUUUCCUCCAGGUUUUGAACCACAUUCCUCAGUGAUAGUUCCUGAGGUCUUUGAGCAAAUGCGCCUGUACAUGAACUGCUCGGAUCCAGAUGAGAAAAGCAUUAGAGAAGCUAAAAUGAAGAAGACCCUCAAUGAAUUAUCUAAAGACCCGAUUGCGCAGAGAUCUUGUCUACGUCUUGAGGUAGCUCCAAAGAUCGUCACUGUUCUAUCCCCAAUCAAAGGAAGAGUUUUCGACUUUAGUAAAGUGCAAGAAAAGCAAUCUACAGACGUAGCAGAGUCUUCCUCCAGGAGCAGUGCUAAUCAGUCUUCACGUUCUGAACACACCUUCAACAGAACAGUUCCUACAGCUGAUAACUUGGUGGGAGCCAGAGAAGGUACACAAGUGGAGGCUGGAGUUUUUGUCAUAGGCUCUGUAGAUAACAUUGGUGACAGAAGUAACAAGAGUCGAAACUCUUUCCGUAGCCGCUCCACUUGGUCAAGGAAGAACCAAAAUAACAGAAACAAGUCUGCAUCUAGGCAGGAGUCUGAUAUUCAUGAGCGAGAGGAUGGUACUGGGAAGCGUAAGGCGGAUGAAGACGGUGAGGUCUCAUCAAAAAUGUCACGAAAACACUCAGGUUUGAUGGUUCACCAGAAACCAUCCAAUCCUCAAUGA